UAGUGCCAACACGAUUCGGUGUCGGUGAACGUGAGUGGUUAAUGAGUGUUAUCGAGGAGAUAACGAAGAUUGUUUUCACGAAACAGUCCAUUUUAUAACUUGUUCGAGCCUGUAAAGUGUGAACUGCAAGAUUUUUCCACCAUGACGAUUAUGGAAUUCUUUGGUUGUACAUUUCUGGCAUUCGGACCACCCCUGGCAAUGUUUGCUUUUACAAUAGCCAGAGACCCAAUCAGAAUAAUUAUUUUAAUUGCUAGUGCCUUCUUCUGGCUCCUUUCGUUUUUAAUAUCAUCGAUUUUGUGGUUUCUUGUGCCAAUAAAACAUAAACUUGUAUUUGGCCUUGUGUUUUCAGUACUUCUUCAAGAAGUUUUUAGAUAUCUAAUUUACAAGCUUCUCAGGAAAGCUGAAAGUGGUCUGAAGAAAGUUACAGAUAAUUCUGAACAAAUAACAAGCAACAAACAUAUCCUUGCUUAUGUAGCUGGAUUGGGAUUUGGAAUCAUUAGUGGAGCUUUUUCCUUGGUCAAUGUACUAGCUGAUGCUAUUGGUCCUGCAACAAUGGGCCUAAAGGAUGGGUCAGAUCUAUUCUUCCUCGCAUCUGCAGCCACUGCUCUUUGUUUCAUCAUGCUUCACACCUUCUGGAGUGUUAUCUUUUUUUCUGCAGUGGAUAAUAGAAACUAUUUACAGAUUGCAUGGGUAGUUGGUACUCACAUGACAGCUUCAUGUUUCACGUUGUUCAAUCAGAACGAACAAUACUUAGCAUCACUUUUGCCAGCGUAUUGCAUUAUGGUAGCUACAGUAUGUAUGGCUUACUAUGUAGCUGGUGGCACAUUCCGCAGUUUUGCUGCAACUCUGAAAUUUCAUAGAAUGUAAUAAUAAAAUUAUAUCUUAAUGUAUGCAUAAUUUAUUAACAUGAAAAUAUACACUUUCUACAGAUGCAAAUACAAUUAUCAUUCCACCAAACUGUAAUGUGAGUUUAUAUCGUUCAUCAGAUUUGUUAAGUCUGGCACAGAUGGACACAGACAAAAUGCCAUGUUAUAAAAUAAUCAUGAUUAUGUUCUGUGCCAACGGAAGCUGUCUCUGUUGAUAUGUGAAACUUUUUUUAAUAGAUACAGUUUGUUGUAAACACUUGAAACCUUAAUACCAACUGAAUCCACUCAUUGGAAAGAGGAAUUGAUUUGUCCACUGACUGAAAUGCAGACGCAUUCCCUGUUCUAAUGAAUAAAUGUUCAGAAUUAGCAACAUGUCUUAAAUCAAUUGUUAGUA